GUGGGCGUGUGCGUGGUGGAGGAUGGCACGCUGAGUCGUGCGGAUGGGGCAAGGUUGGAUGAGGCAUCUUUGCUGGCAUGUGCGGAUCAAGUCGUUCGACUCCUGUACACUCGCGCAGGUGAGUUGUGCAACAACGUGGGAGCGGGUGUGGGGUGCGCCCGGAGCUGCGUGGCAGAGCGAUGAGCGGGUGCAGCCCUGCCCUGCCCCCCACUCCAAAGCUAAAGUGCGCACGCACCAACUGCUCUUCCACGACGCAACCCCUGCACAGAUGGCCAAGCGCAACCCUUCACCUACACAAAGGGGCCCCGCUUCAAGUACGCUCGCCGAGCACCCGCUGCUGAUGCGGAGCAGAGCACAAUGAGCCACUCGAGUCGCUCCAGCACGAAUCAGUCUGCAUUCCGAUUCCGUGUAGCGGUGCGAGACUUUUCGUGUCUGCUGACGGGCGACCCAGCAGAAGAGUGCGUUGCGGCCCACAUCAUCCCUCAAAGUCGACCAGAGUACUACACUGAAAUCGUGGGCAGGGAGGUCACGUAUCCCUUCUUGACGGAGCACGGCAUCACGCUCAAUCAUGCCAUGCAUCGUGCGUACGACAAUGGCGAUUUUGCGCUGUGGCCGAGAGGAGAAGACCUCAUCGUGCACUACUUUAUGCCAAAGAUGCUCAAACGUCGAGCUCAUCACGGACAAGUCAUUCAUCGGUCUCACUUUCGCGUGCAGGACGAGUCGGAGCUGCCCAAUAAGCAGCUCCUCAUGUUUCACUACCAGCAAUGCGUCAUCAAGUACCUGCGCGGCUUUGCUGCUGGAUUCGAGAGCGGUGGUGGGGAAGCACAAGUGGGAGGGGCAAGCGGAGGCGAGGGAAGCGAAAGACUAGAGGAAUAGAAGCGAGGGCGCGGGAAGGGAGAACGAAGAGAGGAGGAGGAACAAGAGCCACAAGAAGCGCAAUCGCGCGCAGGAAGAGAGGAGGAGGAACAAGAGGCACAAGAAGUGCAAUCGCUCGCACGAAGAGAGGAGGAGGAACAAGAGCCACAAGGAGUGCAAUCGCGCGCACCACCACCACCAUCGCAGCAGCAGCGCAAUCGGCCGCGCCGUCGCGCGCGCAUCAGAUCCCUCCAUUGUAUUCUUGCGUCACCCAACACAAAUGUCAUCCUUUACACUCUGCGGUUUGCGAUGCGCAUGUGCGGGGCGUACGGGGCGUGCAUCGUGCCGCUAGCCAAUGCCCGUGUGAGUGUUGCGCCCAUAUAAAUCUCCUGCU